AUGAGGGCGGUCCUGAGGGCAACGGGGCCAAUGAGGCGAGCCUGGGGCGGGGCGCGGGGGCCGGAGGGUGGGGCGGGUGGCGGCCGUGAAAGCUCCAAGUCUGGCUACGCGCAGUAUAUGACACGCCGGAGCGGCGUCGGCGGCGGCACCCCGGGGAGUCUAAGAUGGCGGCGGGGGGGGGCGGCGGGCCUGUGGGAGGAGCAGCGCUACGGACUGUCGUGCGGGCGGCUGGGGCAGGACAACAUCACCGUACUUCAUGUGAAGCUCACCGAGACGGCGAUCCGGGCUCUCGAGACCUACCAGAGUCACAAGAAUUUAAUUCCUUUUCGACCUUCAAUUCAGUUCCAAGGGCUCCAAGGGCUUGUCAAAAUUCCCAAAAGUGAUCCCCACAAUGAAGUACAUAACUUUAACUUCUAUCUGUCAAAUGUGGGAAAGGACAACCCUCAAGGCAGCUUUGAUUGCAUCCAGCAAACAUUCUCCAGCUCUGGAGCCUCCCAGCUCAAUUGCCUGGGAUUUAUACAAGAUAAAAUAACAGUUUGUGCAACAAAUGACUCGUACCAGAUGACACGAGAAAGAAUGACCCAGGCAGAGGAGGAAUCCCGCAACCGUAGCACAAAAGUUAUCAAACCUGGUGGACCAUAUGUAGGGAAAAGAGUGCAAAUUCGGAAAGCACCUCAAGCUGUUUCAGAUGCAGUGCCUGAGAGGAAAAGGUCAACUCCCAUGAACCCUGCAAGUACAAUUCGAAAGACACACAGCAGCAGCAGUGUUUCUCAACGGCCAUACAGGGACAGGGUGAUUCACUUACUGGCACUGAAGGCCUACAAGAAACCUGAGCUGCUUGCUAGAUUGCAGAAAGAUGGCGUCAAUCAAAAAGACAAGAACUCCCUCGGAGCAAUUCUGCAACAGGUAGCCAAUCUGAAUCCUAAGGAUCUCUCAUAUACUUUAAAGGAUUAUGUUUUUAAAGAGCUUCAAAGGGACUGGCCUGGAUACAGUGAAAUAGACAGACGGUCAUUGGAGUCAGUGCUCUCUAGAAAACUAAAUCCAUCUCAGAAUGCUGCUGGCACCAGCCGUUCAGAAUCUCCCUUAUGUUCUAGUAGAAACGCUGCAUCUUCUCCUUCUCAGAAACGACUUUUGGAUUCCGAUUUCAUUGAUCCUUUAAUGAAUAAAAAAGCUCGAAUAUCUCACCUGACAAAUAGAGUACCACCAACAUUAAAUGAUCAUUUGAAUCCCACCAGUGAAAAGUCUGCUGCGGGUCUCCCACUGCCCUCUGCAGCUGCUGCCAUCCCCACCGCUCCACCGCUGCCUUCAACCCACCUGCCCGUCUCAAAUCCUCCUCAGACUGUAAUUUCUAACUCCAAUUCCCCUAGCACUCCAGAAGGCCGGGGGACUCAAGACCUACCUGUUGACAGUUUUAGUCAAAACGGUAGUAUCUAUGAGGACCAACAAGACAAAUAUACCUCUAGGACUUCCCUGGAAACCUUACCCCCUGGUUCAGUUCUACUAAAGUGUCCAAAGCCUAUGGAAGAAAACCAUUCAAUAUCUCACAAAAAGUCCAAAAAGAAAUCUAAAAAACACAAGGAAAAGGACCAAAUAAAAAAGCAUGACAUUGAGACUGCUGAGGAAAAGGAGGAGGACCUUAAAAGAGAAGAGGAAAUUGCCAAGCUAAAUAACUCCAGUCCAAAUUCCAAUGAAGGAGUUAAAGAGAGUUGCACUGCCUCUAUGGAGCCUUCUUCAACAAUUGAACUCCCAGAUUAUUUGAUAAAAUAUAUUGCUAUUGUCUCCUAUGAGCAACGCCAGAAUUACAAGGAUGACUUCAAUGCUGAAUAUGAUGAGUACAGGGCCUUGCAUGCCAGGAUGGAGACUGUAGCUAGCAGAUUUAUCAAACUGGAUGCACAACGAAAGCGCCUUUCUCCAGGCUCAAAGGAGUAUCAGAAUGUUCAUGAAGAAGUUUUACAAGAAUAUCAGAAGAUCAAGCAGUCUAGUCCCAAUUACCAUGAAGAAAAAUAUAGAUGCGAGUAUCUUCAUAACAAGCUGGCUCACAUCAAAAGACUAAUAGGUGAAUUUGACCAACAGCAAGCAGAGUCAUGGCACUAAAACUCUGCUGGGACCAGAAGAUGUGAAUAAACUUAAGCUUAUUUAUUUAAAAUUCCAAAUGAGUUGCUCUAAGAUUCUAAAAAGAUGAAACUUUGCCUGUUGAAAGUUUCAGUAUUAGUAAACUUGAGUUCUUUUUUUUUUUUUUUUUU